AUGUGGCACGGACCACCCAGUCGCCAUGUCUACAAACCGGUCGAGGACCGCCGCCUUCGCGACCUGCAUGCCUCGACUCGUACCAGUAUGGCAUCCACCAUCUCCGAAUAUGUGACUCUUGUGUCCUGCGAUGGCUUUGAGUUCAUAAUUCCGCGCAGUGCGGCAUGCGUAUCGGGCACUAUCCGCCGCAUGCUUGACCCAUCCAGCAAAUUUUCCGAAGCCAUAACCGGAAGAUGUACUCUCGAAACCUUGACUGGUAUUGUCUUGGAGAAGGUCUGCGAAUAUCUUCUCUUCAACGAAAAACACAAGGAUCAGGCCAAUGUGUCGGAUAUGGAUAUUCCUCCCGAGCUAUGUCUGGAGCUUUUGAUGGCUGCUGAUUACCUGGACACUUGA